AUGACGAUGACUUCUAAAACCAUAGCCUUCACUCUCUUCAUCGCAACAACACUACUCGCGUCCUGCAACGCAGCCGCAAACUCCACCACGAAACCGCUAUUCCCGGCGAUUCUAAUCUUCGGCGACUCAACCGUCGACACAGGCAACAACAAUUACCCUUUAAACACAAUCUUCAGAGCAACACAUCUUCCUUACGGCAUUGAUCUCCCAGACCACAAAGCUAACGGUAGAUUCUCAAACGGAAAGCUAAUCCCGGACAUACUCGCAUCCAAAUACAACAUCAAACAGUUUGUUCCUCCUUUCUUACAACCAAACCUCUCCGACCAAGAGAUUGUAACCGGAGUCUGUUUUGCAUCAGCCGGUGCCGGUUACGAUGACCAAACCAGUCUCUCGACUCAGGCUAUCCCUGUCUCACAACAACCUAAGAUGUUCAAGAGAUACAUUGCUCGUCUUAAGAGUAUCGUAGGAGACAAGAAAGCUAUGGAGAUUAUCAACAACGCCUUGGUGGUUGUUAGUGCAGGACCUAACGAUUUCAUCUUGAACUAUUACACUAUUCCUUCAAGGCGUCUCGAGUUUGCUCGCAUUUCUGAUUACCAAGACUUCAUACUUAAGAGGCUUGACAACUUCGUCAGGGAGCUUUACAGUUUAGGUUGCCGGAAUAUUAUGGUCGGAGGUUUACCGCCGAUGGGUUGUUUACCGAUCCAGCUGACUGCUAAAUUCCGCAAUGUGUUUAGGUCUUGUCUGGAACAAGAGAACAGAGACUCUGUUUUAUACAAUCAGAAACUUCAGAACUCAGAUUGA